AUGGGCCAAUCUUAUAAAGAGAUAUCGGCGAUUGCACGGAAGAGAAGGGAUGAUGCCAUAUCUGCCUUCUGGUCAAUCCCCGAUAUCAAGGACGACGAAUUACCACAAGACCUGAGGUCUUACCCGCAAACAUCCGGCCUGCUGGCUGCCGACGAGCUGGCUAUCGUCAAUACGGAUGCCACGGAGCUCCUGGAGAAAAUCAGGGAAGGGAGGCUGUCUUCGGUCACGAUAACCACGGCCUUCUGCAAGGCAGCCAUCAUUGCACAAAAGCUGACCAAUUGUGUCACGGAGGUCUUGUUCACAGAAGGGCUAGAACGUGCAAAACAGCUCGAUGAUCAUCUCCAGAAGACCGGCUCCAUUGUCGGACCACUUCAUGGAUUGCCAGUCUCGUUGAAGGACAACUUUAUGACAGCUCCUCACCCGUCUUCUAUCGGGAUGGCUGCAUAUACCAAUGAGGCAACGGAGAAGGAUUCGGUGAUAGUGACAGGUUUGCGCGAGCUAGGCGCCGUUUUCUACAUCAAGACAAACGUACCCACGGCGAUGCUGAUGGCGGAGACAAACAACAGAGUCUGGGGCGAAACUCGAAACCCAAUCCAUAAGGGGUUGACCCCUGGUGGUUCAUCGGGCGGAGAGGGCGCUCUCAUUGCGUUGAAGGCAUCGCCAUUGGGAGUUGGGACGGAUAUUGGAGGCAGUAUCCGUAUACCAAGUGCUUUUUGUCACCUUUACGGCUUGAAGCCAUCAUUUGGCCGUUUUUCGACAUUGGGGGGUCGAGCAGCUAUCCCCGGCCAGGACUUUGUUCCCUCGGUGUGCGGCCCAAUGGCAACUUCUCUCGAGACAGUCAAAUUGUUCUGCGAGUCGGUAUUAUCUGAGCAAAGUGCACCUUGGAACGCUGACCCCAAACUUAUCCCUAUGCCAUGGAGAAAGGAUGUCAUUCAACCCAAGGGGCGAAAGCUGCGCAUUGGAAUACUUGGAAACAGUGAUGGGGCCAUGACGUGCUAUCCACCGGUUGAACGGGCCCUUAAAAUUGUAGGCAAGGCAUUGAAAGAUGCUGGUCAUGAUGUCUUUGAGUGGGCGCCUACCGGUCAUGUAGAGGUGCUGAAACUUCUUCUUGAGGCAUUUCAUGUGUUUGGAGCUUCGGAGAUUCUUCCUCGCCUACAGGAGCAUGGCGAGCCCCUUUUCAAGUCGAUGGAGUCAAGCUCCUCAAGCUGCAAGGUUGACGAACUAAGCGCUGUGAAACUGAGCGAAAUGAUCAUAAAACGCAAUUCCCUACAGAAGCAAUACCUCGAUAGGUGGAUGGCUACCGAAACAGACGCCUCUGGCCCAAUGGACUGUAUCAUCUCACCAGUCGCAGUGGCUCCAGCGUCUCGUCUCGGAUAUGGCGAAACGGUCCAAUAUGCUGGAUACACCGCGUUCGGUAAUAUCCUCGACCUUCCUUCCUGUACCUUUCCUGUUACCUACACCGAUAAGGCCACCGACCUGAAAAGAGAUGCGAGCUGGAAGGCGUUGAAUGAUCAGGACCAGCGGAUGCAGGAUGAGUACGACCCUGAUUUCUAUCAUGGAGCACCAGUCUCCCUGCAAUUGUAUGGGAGGAGACUCGAGGAAGAGAAGGUCAUUGAAAUGGUCGAAGUUGUAGCGGGCAUCCUUAAAUUCCAACACCGCAACUAA